AGACACAUAUCACCUACAGCAUUGUAUCAUUUUGCCUGGGUGCUUGCUGUGUUGUCAAACUUCUUUGCUGCUGCUGCUGCAUUUACACUAACAGGGGAGUUAAGAACCCAUGAAUGUUUCUGUUUGACACAAACAAGAGGACUUACUUCUAAAUCGUGCACUAAAGAUGAUUGGAGGAAACAUCUCUGUUGCAGUUGAUAUACUGGAGACCAUAACAAAAGCAACUCCUGUCUUGCCACCAACGCGUUCAGUAUAUGGAGAUGGCAGAGG